AUGUUUCACCUGUUUCGUCGUCUAACCCAGUGGAAGCUUGCCCAAUUGGCUGCCAUAUGGAGCCUAAAGCAUGCCCUCAAAUACCGUCGAAAUGCAUCGGUGCUGGUUGAGGCCUUCGCUAGUGUGUUUCAGAUCGCCUUCCACAUGGGAUUUUCCAAUGACAUUGCUUGGAUGCAGGAACGAUCACUGGAAAUUAUAGCAGACAAUGUCGACCGAAUCAAUAUAGAUUACAUGAAAUCGGUCGUCCAAUACUACACCGCUUUGCUCAUGUGCCAAACCAUUCGAUCCACGAAGCAGCUUUCGAUCGAGUUCGGUCGAGUUGUUCUGAAGAUCACCGAUACCUUGCAAUUUAAGACCAGCGAAUGGCACAUCAUUCCGAUCUUGGCCGAGCUGUUGAUGUCACAUCGGAGGAUUUCCGACGCCGUCAGUAUGCUAUGGGACUUCCAGGCACUGACCGAUCGCUAUCAGGACACCUCAGCCAAGGCUUGGUAUUAUUCGAUUGCAAUGGACAUUAUGCUGGAUACGAGCUGCUGUAUCGAGACGUAUAAGGAGUGCGAAAGUUUCUUUUUGAAGAACUGUGAAGCUUUGGGCUAUCAACGGGAUGCUUAUGCGGUGACGCGUUUGUAUGCUGAUUUGUGGCUCUGGUGUGCUCGGAACGGAGCUUGGGAAACUGCCGAUACGUGGAUGAACAAGUUGCAGGAGGUGUUCGUGCUGACCCCGCACGAUUCGAUGAUUAACGUUCACACUGCUCUGCGGGUGUUGGAAUAA